AUGGCACUCAACGCACGCCGCGUAGUCGUCACCGGCCUAGGACUCAUCACACCCCUGGGCAUCGGCGUCCAACAAAGUUGGUCAAAACUCAUUGCUGGCGAAUGUGGCGUCGUCUCUCUCAAAGACCUGCCCUCCCCAAACCCUGGCUUGCCCGGCUUUGAUACUUUGCCUUCUCAAGUCGGUGCUGUUGUCAAACGCACGGGUGGCAAGGAUCUUGGGGGUUUCGAUUCUACAGAAUGGCUUGACCGUGGGGACGAGAAGAGAAUGGCAAUGUUUACACAGUACGCGAUUGCAGCGGCAAGGAUGGCGAUCAAGGACGCCAACUGGGAGGCGACCACCGAGGAGGAAAAGGAGCGGACAGGAGUCUGCCUCGGAUCGGGCAUUGGAAGCCUGGAAGAUAUGGCCACCACCACCCUCUCCUUUGCCGAAAGUGGAUAUCGCAAGAUGAGCCCGAUGUUUGUGCCCAAGAUCUUGAUCAACAUGGCGGCAGGACACUUGACGAUGAAGUACGGUUUCAAGGGCCCCAACCACGCAGUCUCGACCGCCUGUACCACAGGAGCACACUCGCUCGGAGACGCCAUGCGAUUUAUUCAGUACGGCGAUGCCGAUGUCAUGGUCGCUGGAGGAUCUGAAGCAUGUAUCCACCCUCUUGCCGUUGCCGGCUUCGCAAAGGCAAAGUCGUUGGCGACAAAGUAUAACGACAACCCAUCAGAGGCUUCAAGACCGUUUGACAAGAAUCGGGAUGGUUUUGUAAUUGGAGAAGGAGCUGGAGUUGUCGUGUUGGAAGAAUAUGAGCAUGCCAAGAAGCGUGGUGCCCACAUCUAUGCCGAACUCCGUGGCUAUGGGCUCUCAGGUGACGCACACCAUAUGACAGCACCCCCGGAGAACGGCGCGGGUGCAGCCAUGGCCAUGCGCCGGGCCCUGAAAGCCGCCCGUCUCACCCCCGCUGACAUCGGCUACAUCAACGCCCACGCAACAUCGACUCAACUGGGUGACAUUGCCGAGAACCGCGCCAUCAAAUCCGUCUUUGAAGGUCACCACGACACAAUCGCCGUAUCCUCCACAAAGGGCGCCGUCGGUCACCUCCUUGGUGCUGCCGGGGCCGUGGAAGCAAUUUUCGCGAUUCUGGCGGUGAAGAAUAGUAUCCUCCCACCGACGUUGAAUUUGCAUGAGCAUGAUGACAGUGGCGAGUUUACGUUGAAUUAUGUGCCAUUGAAGGCUCAGGAGAAGGCUUUGAAGGCUGUGAUGACAAAUUCUUUUGGGUUUGGGGGUACCAAUGCCACGCUUUGCUUUGCGAAGGUUGAUACUAAAUAA